CGGUUGGCAACGAAUCCGAGCAAAAAGUGGAUGUGCUUGUUCGUCAAAUUAAUUUUUCCGUAAACAGCACGAGCUUGGCCAUAAGUACGACGUGGUCAUGUUCGAGCGAAGCUUUAUUCUCGCUCUUUCGACGAUUUAUUUGUUCUCGUUGGCGGCUCGAGCUGAAAUCGUCUGGGGCUCUUUCUUUCCGAAAGACAGCGACACUAUUUUAUACGCAGCCUGCCAAGACGAAGACGUUGACAAAAAUUUACGCAGAUGUAACGUAACGGUCGAGACAAAGAUAUUUUCCUUACAAGCCGAGUACAAGGAUACCUGCUCGAUAAUCAUCGAAGACAAGGUCUAUCGCAGCAUCAACGUAUUCCAUUUGGAAAAUCAUUACGAUCUGUUUCCGCUGAGCGUAGAUCGAGUCCUCUUCAAUUGGAUAGAGAAAGGCAGCGAGGACAAGGUGCACGAGCUCAAGUACAAAAUCGUCGAUAUGCUCGGCUGCAACAGGAGCAUCGAGCGAAGCUUCCUCUUCGACGAGGAGCACUACUUCAGCAAAGUACCGGUGCUGUACGGCGAGCAGUUCGAGGUGUUCGUCGGCAACUCGAGCGUCUGCGGCCGCCAAGUGGACGAGUGCCUCGUGGCCCUGGACUGGGAGGGUCAGCAGUCGAGCGAGCCCAAGCCGUUCGCGUCCGUCGAGAGGAGCUCGCUCAGCAGCAGGUCCGUGCCGGUGGUCAGCUUCCAGGCGGCCAAGGGCUUCCACGUGCACAGGUUCGACUACGCGGACGAGCUGAGGCCGCAGCUGAAGCUGUCGUACGUCGACGCGGCCGGCACCUCGAUCGACCUGGCGAGCCUGGCGACGAGCGUCGCCUCGGUCUAUCCGCGCCUCUUCGACUCGGCCCACUCGAACGCCAACUACCUGUACGGCGUGUGCGCCAGCACCAAGGCCGAGGACUCGGACAAGUCGGUCGAGCUGCUCUGCGCGCAAUUCGACCUGAUAACGCCGCGACUGAGCCUGAGGCUGAAGCUGCCCGAGAGCUGGAGCUGGAUGGCGAUGCACAACGUGGCGCCCGGCGAGAUCGCCCUGCUGCUGGGCAACUGCGACGCCCACGAGCUCUGCCGGGGCUAUCGACUGCUCUGGCUCACGUCCGAGGGCAGGAAGGGCCGCACCUUGGUCAAGUCGGACUUUGCCAUGAGAUGCGCCCGGGACGGGAUUCACGCGAGCCUGACCGAGCACGAGUUCGGCCUCUACUGCGUGCGCAUCGUCUGCGUGCAGUAUGACAACGAGGAGGAGGAUCGCGUCGUCACGAGCCACCACAAGGACUGCAUGGAGCGUUACGUGGCCCUCAAUCCCUACCCGUCCCUCGACAAGCCCAAACUAUUGUAACCAAGG